AUGCAGAUUUUUGUGAAGACCCUCACGGGGAAGACCAUCACUCUCAAGGUUGGACCCUCAGAUACAAUAGAAAAUGUAAAGGCCAAGAUCCAGGAUAAGGAAGGAAUUCCUCCUGAUCAGCAAAGACUGAUCUUUGCUGACAAGCAACUGGAAGACAGACGUACUCUGUCUGACUACAACAUUCAAAAGGAGUCCACUCUCCAUCUUGUGUUGCGACUUCAUAGUGGUGCUAAGAAAAGGAAGAAGUCUUACACAACUCCCAAGAAGAAUAAGCAUAAGAGAAAGAAGAAUAAUCUGGCUGUCCUGAAAUACUACAAAGUGAAUGAUAAUGGCAAACUCAGUUGCUUUCGUCCGGAGUGCCCUUCAGAUGAAUGUGGUGCUGGAGUUUUUAUGGCCAGACACUUUGACAGAUAUCAUUGUGGCAAGUGUUGUCUGACCUAUUGCUUCAACAAACCAAAAGACAAGUAAUUGUAUUUGGGUUAAUAAAAGACAUGAA